AUGUUUCCCCGCGCCUCCUCCCUCACUGUCCUGAGCAGAGGCACCCGAUACCUCUUCCGCCCAACCCAUACCGCUAUCCGGCCGUCCUCGCUCUCCGCGCGUGCAUUUUCCGCCGUCCACGCCGCUAUGGCUGAUACCUCGGGCAUUACCGCAGACUCGUUGCAGGCGAAGCUGAUCUCCGAGCUGCAGGCUGAUCACGUCGAGAUUGAGGAUCUGUCAGGUGGCUGUGGUCAAGCAUUCCAAGCCGUGAUUGUUUCGCAGAAGUUCGCGGGAAAGACUAUGCUCGCCCGUCACCGUCUUGUCAACGCCACGCUUAAGGAGGAAAUUGCUGCUAUCCACGCUUGGACUCCCAAGUGCUAUACCCCCGAGCAAUGGCAGGCGACUCAGCAGUAA